CCUCAUAUCCUGCAAUAGAACGUGAUAGUUUUCCGAAAGGAUUCUACCUCAACCACUCUGAUCUAGGGUUUUUUACUUUUUUAUUUGACUUUAAUUUAAUUUAAUUAUUUUCCAAUUUUCUGUUUCCUCCUCUUUUUAGUUUUUACCUUCGUCCCCUUCUCUGUGGUGCUGUCAUUUUCUGACCCUCGUCAAGACCGUGAGCAUUAAUAAGAAUUUUUGAGCCACCAAGAGUUCCCCGAAGUUCGACCUGAGCUCAUCGGGAUUUCCUUCUCCGAAGAAAAAGUUUGCUGCUUUGACGGUAUUCGGUUCAUUGAGUAAGCGCGUGGGUCUUUGUUAACGUGGUUAAGGAGCGUGAUUGGGGGUGAAGCUGAUGAUGGGUAAGGUGGCAGUGGGAGCAACAAUCGCUUGUGCUGCGGCGGCUUGUGCGGCAGCGGUUUGUGCGGCGGCGGCGCUUCUGGUGCGCCACCGCAUGAGGAGCUCGGGGAAGUUGUCUCGUGCCAUAGCUAUACUGAAAGAGUUAGAGGAGAAGUGUGGGACCCCAAUUGGCAAGCUUAAGCAGGUUGCUGACGCCAUGGACGUUGAGAUGCACGCUGGUCUCGCAUCUGAAGGUGGGAGCAAGCUCAAGAUGUUGAUCAGCUAUGUUGAUAAUCUCCCGUCUGGGGAUGAGAAAGGAAUCUUCUAUGCUUUGGAUCUUGGUGGGACAAAUUUUCGUGUGCUUCGUGUACAGCUGGGAGGAAAAGAAAAGGGAGUUGUCCACGCAGAGUCUAAAGAAGUUUCAAUUCCUCCUCAUUUGAUGACUGGCUCUUCAGAGGCAUUGUUUGAUUUUAUAGCACGAGCUCUUGCAAGAUUCAUUGAUUCAGAACCUGAAGCUUUUCAUCCGCCCCCAGGCAGACAAAGAGAACUGGGUUUUACAUUCUCAUUCCCAGUGAGGCAGACAUCAAUUGCUUCUGGGACACUAAUUAAAUGGACCAAGGGAUUCAAUAUUGAAGAUGCGAUCGGGGAAGAUGUGGUGAGAGAACUAACCAAGUCUAUGGGAAAAAUUGGCAUUGACAUGCGGGUCUCAGCUCUAGUUAAUGAUACCAUCGGAACUUUAGCUGGAGGCAGAUUCCACAAUCCGGAUGUCGUUGCUGCUGUGAUUCUUGGUACUGGAACAAAUGCUGCAUAUGUAGAGCGUGCACAAGCUAUUCCAAAGUGGCAUGGUCCUCUGCCAAAAUCAGGGGAGAUGGUUAUAAACAUGGAGUGGGGUAAUUUCCGGUCCUCACAUCUUCCUCUGACAGAAUACGAUCACUUGUUAGAUGAAGAGAGCUUAAACCCUGGAGAGCAGAUAUUUGAAAAGAUAAUUUCUGGCAUGUACUUGGGGGAGAUUGUACGGAGAGUUUUAUUGAAGAUGGCUGAAGAAGCUGACUUCUUUGGAGAUACUGUCCCUCCAAAGUUAGAACAACCGUUCAUACUUAGGACACCUGACAUGUCUGCUAUGCAUGAUGAUACCUCUCCAGAUCUGAAAGUGGUUGGAGACAAAUUGAGGGAUAUACUAGAGGUUCCUAAUGUAUCCCUUAAGACAAGGAAGAUUGUUCUUGAAGUCUGUGACAUUGUUGCUACUCGGGGCCGCCUUUCUGCUGCUGGCAUUCUAGGCAUCCUCAAGAAAAUGGGAAGGGACACGGUAAAGGCUGGGGAGAAGCAGAGGACAGUGAUAGCAUUGGAUGGAGGAUUGUUCGAACACUACGCUAAAUUCAGAAGUUGCUUGGAGAGUACCAUGAAGGAGUUGUUGGGAGAUGAGGUGGCUGAGACCAUCGCCAUUGAGCAAUCUAACGAUGGCUCUGGCAUUGGAGCAGCGCUGCUCGCGGCUUCUCAUUCCCAGUAUUUGGGAUUUGAAGAGUCCUGAAAAUUUGAUUAAAGCCGACGUCAAGAUGUGUAAUAUGUUCAUUUUUUUCUAGCAUAAAUCAUUAGUUUCGACGGAGCUUUUAACCACGGGACUGUGCUGGAGUCCUCUUGGAAAGUUUAAUCAAGGACUCUGUUUAUUUUUACUGCAACUUGUAGUGGCUGCUAUAUUUUUGGUUGCAGGAAUAAAAGUGGGAAAUGUAAACUAUACUUGAGGAGUCACAUUAUCCGGAGUGUUAGUGUAAUCUGUUUUCGCUCGAGAAUAAAUCGGGACACGAUGAAUGGUUUUA